AUGCAAUCAAGACUUAUUGAUCCAUCAAAACCAAUUAAAUACUAUUCCAUUUACACCCAAAUGAGACUCAAUGGACAGGGCGGAAUGGAAAUAUCAUAUCCUGAAGACGCCUGUGAACAAGAAAUCAUCAGCAUUGCAGAAGAAGCAAUGAACCUAGAGCAUAACCAAAACAGAAUUCCAAUAUUUAUUAAUGUAAAGGACAACUCUAUCUCAUUUAUGCCAAAGGAUGGCCAAUUGAAAAACUUCGAUAUAAAAUCCAAGAAGAUUCAAUUACAAGAUCGCUACAUUAACUCUAAAAUUGUUGCACCAAAGGCAGAGAUUGAAUUAACAAUUGACAUUACCUCAAAAAUAUCAAAAAUUGUCGGUAAGUUUUUCGAUAAGGAAGUUGCUUCCUUAAAAGACUACUACACCCUUUUCUCCCUUGAAGAUCCCGAAAACCCAAGACCUCUUGACCCAAGAAAGCCUCUAUUCAACUGCACACUUGCAUUUGAUCGUCUUGUCCUCAAAAGAUACCUUUGGAUUUUCCCACCACAUCUUAUGACAAACGUUGAUUCUGCUUGGUUGAUGUAUUCCGAUUGCAGAAGCUACAUCUUUGAACACGAAGAACUUGACAUUCCAUAA